AAUUGUCGUCACCUACCCUUUAGGGUUAUCUCCAUAAAUGAAGGGUGUUGACGUUGAAAUGCAGUGCAGAAGUAGAUGAGUGAACUUAAUAAUUUGUCUUCACAUGUCGGUUGUUCAAGUAUCAAGUUCCCAAAUUUUUCAUUGUGCGUGUGAUUUUGUGAUUUGUCUGAUAGAUACAAGGUAUGAUCAGAUCAACGGUCGAGAUUUGUCGUUGUCUCAUUCUCAUCCUUGCCGUAGGAUCCAUCCCCAGAGGAUCAGGUCUUGGCCAUCGGACACAUUUCUGUUCUUAGGAUGUUUGUUUUGUUGGGUCGAUUCUAUUUCUGCUACUGACAGUCUCCUCUCGCCCAAGGGUGUUAACUAUGAAGUGGCGGCACUAAUGUCAGUGAAGAACAAGAUGAGAGAUGAUGAGGCAGUGAUGGAGGGUUGGGAUAUAAACUCUGUUGAUCCUUGCACUUGGAACAUGGUUGGUUGCUCAGCCGAGGGCUUCGUUGUUUCUAUAGAGAUGGCGAGUAAGGGAUUGUCGGGCACAAUCUCAGCUAGCAUUGGGGAGCUUACUCAUCUUCGAACAUUGCUAUUGCAGAAUAAUCAACUAACAGGUCCCAUUCCUUCUGAGUUAGGGCAACUUACCGAGCUUGAAACCCUCGAUCUCUCCGGUAAUCAGCUUAGCGGUGAAAUCCCGAGUUCUUUAGGGUUUCUUACUCGUCUAAAUUACCUGCGGCUCAGCAGAAAUCUUUUAUCCGGACAAAUCCCUCGCCUUGUUGCUGACCUCACAGGUCUUUCUUUCUUGGAUCUCUCAUUCAACAACCUGAGUGGACCGACUCCAAAUAUAUUAGCGAAAGAUUACAGGAUUGCUGGUAAUGCAUUUCUUUGUGCUUCAGCUCUUGAAGAGGUUUGCUCUAAUGUGACAAAAUUGAAAGACGUCUCUGGUUUGUCUGAAAAGGACAAGAGCGACAACCAUCACAGUUGGGUUCUCUCUUUCGCCUUUGGCAUCGGUGUUGCCUUUAUCGUGUCUCUGAUGUUUGUCAUUUUCUGGGUGCUCUGGAAUCGAUCCCGUCUCGCCAAAUCAUACGUGCAGCAAGAUUAUGAAUUUGAAAUCGGGCAUCUGAAAAGGUUCACUUUUCGUGAGCUGCAAACUGCCACAAGCAACUUUAGUCCAAGGAACAUCCUGGGACAAGGCGGGUUCGGGGUAGUUUAUAAAGGGUAUCUCUCAAAUGGAACGGUUGUGGCAGUUAAAAGACUGAAAGAUCCAAAUUAUACGGGAGAAGUUCAGUUUCAAACAGAGGUUGAGCUGAUUGGAUUGGCUGUUCAUCGUAACCUUUUACGCCUCUAUGGAUUCUGCAUGACACCGGAGGAGAGGUUGCUCGUUUAUCCUUACAUGCCAAAUGGAAGUGUUGCUGAUCGCCUUAGAGACAAUUGUGGAGAAAAGCCGUCCCUUGAUUGGAACAGGAGGAUAUGGAUUGCGCUGGGUGCAGCUCGUGGGCUGGUGUACUUGCAUGAGCAAUGCAAUCCAAAGAUUAUCCACCGAGAUGUAAAAGCCGCAAAUAUCUUACUCGAUGAGACAUUUGAAGCAGUUGUAGGAGACUUUGGUCUGGCAAAGCUUCUGGACCAGAGAGAUUCACAUGUCACCACUGCAGUACGAGGGACAAUAGGUCACAUAGCUCCAGAGUACCUUUCCACUGGACAGUCCUCUGAGAAAACCGACGUUUUCGGAUUUGGGAUACUGAUUCUGGAACUCAUAACAGGACAUAAGAUGCUGGAGCAGGGAAACAGUCAUGUCCGAAAAGGAAUGAUUCUGAACUGGGUAAGAACACUAAAAGCAGAGGAAAGACUGGAAGAGAUGGUGGACAGAGAUCUGAAGGGGGAGUUCGAGGGGACGGUGAUGGAGAAGGCAGUGGAGCUGGCUCUACUCUGCACGCAGCCGCAUCCAAACCAGAGGCUGAGGAUGUCGGAAGUGUUGAAGGUUCUUGAAGGUCUCGUGGAUGAGUCGGGGAUCGAGGAAAGGAGUGGCGGAGGCAGAGGCGGAUACGAGGAUAGGGUCCCGAGUGUCUCUAGGAAUUACAGUGGAGGCCAUGAAGAUUCUUCCUUCGUUAUUGAAGCCAUUGAGCUCUCCGGACCACGCUGAUGUGAAGACAGCCAAACAAACCAUGAGAAAUGUAUACUACACUGUUUGGUUUUCUGCAACUGUAUAUCAGUUUUGGUUGAUGUCCGAAUUCUUCAUUCUUUUGUUCCA